GUUGGCACGAAGCCAGGCGCUGCCUCGGGCGGCCACGGGCAGCAACAAAGAACACUGCCGGGGCUCAGCGAGGGCUGCGGGUCCAGGCUCCCAGCUCCCGUUUGCCGCCGCUCCCGUUUGCCGCCGCCAACGCUUCGAACCGUCCGGGACGCGCUAUCGGAUUGCAACGCGGCCAACGGGGCCUCGAUACUCGGUGCGGUCCAUUUGCGGACUGUUCUUCAUCGGCGGGAAUUGCGUGGGCCGCAUUGUGUCGAUAGCCGCGGUCAGAGCCUAGCCAACGUGUUCGCUGAGCGUCGGUGUUGUGGAUGAAAGCUGCCAGUGUCCACGCGAGGCUCUAAUCAACCGACCCGGUUUCUUUGUGUGCGCCCAGCGGGACACGUCGUCGGCGAUGGGCUCUGGAUGCUACGACUGGGGAAACCGGGUGCACUUCGUGGUCAAGCAUCUCUACGAUAUUGACAACAACGGCUAUCUGGACAGCCAUGACUUUGAAUGCUUAGCAUUGGACGGCCACGUGACCGUGGAGGAGUUCAAGCAAGCUGUUCAGAACCUGUGCGUGGGCAAGACCUUCGAGCAAUUCCCUCAACCACUCAAGCACGCCAUCAACUGCAAGUACGCCACAGCGGACGCCAAUGGGGACGGGCUGUUAUCGCUGGACGAAUUCCGACUGGAGUGCAUCAGUCGGCAAGCAAUUCGAGACUUGGAUGAAAUAGAUGACAGCUAUCAAAGGCUCAUCACGGACGAAGACCGAAAGCGGGGCGGCAUCACCCUGUCUCGCUACCAGGAGCUCUUCGCCGAGUUCCUGGGCUGCCCGGACGUCUCAGGCCAGGGGAUCUUCCUGUUCGGUCCGCUGCCGGACUACGCCUGAGCUCGCCUACCCAAGAG